CCAUCUACCGAUCAUUUUCCAAAAGCAAAUCAUCCCAUUAUAUAUACGCCUGGUAUUCCAAAGCUCGGACAGAUAGUGCACCCAUCCUCAACUCCCACUUCCUUCUUCCCCUUUACUCUCUUACAUUACAUUUGAAACAUCAACCAACAUGGGUUCUGAAGCUCCACUAUCAUGUUCACAAUCCAUGCCAACCACCACGGCCUUCUUGUUUUUCUCCUUCACCAUCGUCUUCUCUGCAUUCUCCUUCCUCAUCUUCAUCUCCAGGAUCAAGCCAUGGUGUAACUGCGACACCUGCACCACCUUCAUGACUGCGAUUUGGUCUUCCAAGUUCACCAACCUUUGCGACUGGUACACUCACCUCCUCCGUGACUCACCCACCGGAACCAUCCACGUGCACGUGCUCAACAACACCAUCACGUGCAACCCCCACAACGUGGAGCACAUGCUAAAGACCAACUUCCACAACUACCCCAAGGGAAAACCCUUCUCUGCCAUCCUCGGCGACCUCCUCGGCCGCGGAAUAUUCAAUGUUGAUGGUCACGAAUGGAGCUUCCAGCGUAAAAUGGCCAGCCUCGAGCUCGGAAGUGUGGCAAUUCGCUCCCACGCGCUGGAGAUAGUCAAUGAGGAGAUUCACACAAGGCUCGUUCCUUUCAUGGUCGCCUCAAUUGGAGUCGUUGACUUGCAAGACAUCCUGCGACGGUUCUCCUUCGACAACAUCUGCAAAUUCUCAUUUGGAUGGGACCCACACUGUCUCCAAAUGUCACUACCAGUGUCGGACCUUGCUGUCGCAUUCGACACCGCCUCAAAGCUCUCAGCAGAGCGCGCCAUGACAUCAUCGCCUGUAAUAUGGAAGAUCAAGCGAUUCCUCAAUUUAGGGUCUGAAAAGAAGCUAAAGAAAGCUAUCAAUGUGGUGAAUGAGCUAGCGAAAGACAUGAUCAACAACCGAAGAGAAAUGGGGUUCUCCACGCGAAGAGACCUUCUCUCGAGGUUCAUGGGUUCGGUCAAUGACGACGACAAGUAUCUCAGAGACAUUGUUGUAAGUUUCCUCUUAGCAGGCCGUGACACGGUGGCCUCAGGGUUGACAUGUUUCUUCUGGUUACUAUCAAAUCACCCCAAGGUGGAAGCUUUGAUUCGAGAGGAGGUGGAUCGUGUUAUGAUUCCGAAACAAAACUCGGUUCAGGGGUUCGCUAGCUUUGAACAGCUUCGUGAAAUGCAAUAUCUAAAUGCGGCGAUUUACGAAAGCAUGAGGUUGUACCCUCCAGUUCAAUUUGACUCAAAAUUCGCACAUGAGGAUGAUGUGUUACCGGAUGGGACAUUUGUACGGAAGGGAACGAGGGUCACGUACCAUCCUUAUGCUAUGGGUCGAAUGGAGCGGGUAUGGGGCCUCGAUUGCCUUGAGUUCAGGCCCGAGAGAUGGUUAAAGGAUGGUGUGUUUGUGCCAGAGAAUCCGUUUAAGUACCCAGUUUUUCAAGCUGGUGUUAGGGUGUGUUUGGGAAAAGAGUUGGCUUUGGUGGAAAUGAAGGCGGUUGUGGCUGCCUUGGUUGGAAGGUUUGAUAUUCGGGUAGUGGGGUUGCAUUCGGAGCCACAGUUUGCCCCGGGACUUACUGCCACAUUGCGGGGUGGGUUACCAGUUCAAGUUUCUGAAAGAUGUAGUUGAUGUUGUUGUAAUAAACAGUUUAUAGCUUAGUUCAUGUUAAGCAAGUUAUUCCAUAUAUGAGUACACUGUAACACUCUUAGACCCAAAAAACAAAGUACUAUAUAUAACACUAGGAUUCUCUGAUUUUAAAAUUUUAGAUCAUGUAAAUAAUCUCGCAGUAGAAUUGGACGUCUUUUUCUUCUACUUGGCUACUAGUUUUGGACAAAGUACGGAAACAUGCAAGUGCUUUUAUGAUUAUAUCAGUACAAUCUGAAUUCUUGAAUUACCGAGUUUAGUUCUUUGUCUCUUGUGUCACAUGAUCGCAUCUAUCAGUUUCCUCCUGUAACCAAAGCCUGCAAACUUGGAAAUUGAAGUUUUCAAAUAUGUAAUUAGGAUGUUGAAGUUACUAUAUAUAUGACACUAUCAUUUGACCUCUGUACAGGUGGACAAGGCAUCCUCUGAUCUGAAGAAUACCAAUGUUAGACUUAAUUAAAGAAUCUCAAGAAUACAAAUUUUAGACUUAAUUAAAGACAGUGACCUAGGUUACUUAACUGCAA